UCUUCAUCAUCAUCUUCAUCUUCAUCUUCAUCUUCAUCUUCAUCAUCAUCUUCAUCUUCAUCUUCAUCUUCAUUUUCAUCAUCAUCUUCAUCUUCAUCUUCAUCUUCAUCAUCAUCAUCAUCUUCAUCUUCAUCUUCAUCUUCAUCUUCAUCUUCAUCAUCAUCUUCAUCUUCAUCUUCAUCUUCAUCUUCAUCAUCAUCAUCUUCAUCUUCAUCUUCAUCUUCAUCAUCAUCUUCAUCUUCAUCUUCUUCUUCAUCAUCCUUUUCAUCUUCAUCUUCAUCUUCAUCUUCAUCUUCAUCUUCAUCUUCAUCAUCUUCAUCUUUAUCUUCAUCUUCAUCAUCAUCUUCAUCACCAUCACCAUCAUCAUCAUCAUCAUCAUCAUCAUCAUCAUCACCAUCAUCAUCACCAUCAUCAUCAUCUUCAUCUUCAUCUUCAUCUUCAUCUUCAUCUUCAGCUUCAUCAUCAUCAUCAUCAUCAUCUUCAUUUUCAUCUUCAUCUUCAUCUUCAUCUUCAUCUUCAUCUUCAUCUUCAUCAUCAUCUUCAUCUUCAUCUUCAUCUUCAUCAUCAUCAUCAUCUUCAUCUUCUUCUUCAUCAUCCUUUUCAUCUUCAUCUUCAUCUUCAUCUUCAUCUUCAUCAUCUUCAUCUUUAUCUUCAUCUUCAUCUUCAUCAUCAUCUUCAUCACCAUCACCAUCAUCAUCAUCAUCAUCAUCAUCAUCAUCACCAUCAUCAUCACCAUCAUCAUCAUCUUCAUUUUCAUCUUCAUCUUCAUCUUCAUCUUCAUCUUCAUCUUCAUCUUCAUCUUCAUCUUCAUCAUCAUCAUCAUCAUCAUCUUCAUCUUCAUCUUCAUCUUCAUCUUCAUCUUCAGCUUCAUCAUCAUCAUCAUCAUCAUCUUCAUUUUCAUCUUCAUCUUCAUCUUCAUCUUCAUCUUCAUCUUCAUCUUCAUCUUCAUCAUCAUCAUCAAGUGCCCAAAACUUCCUCUCUCAUGACAAGAAUAAAUAUUCCGAGAAAACCAAGCUUGAGAGCCUUAGUAUCUCAGUCUUAAAAAGUUCACUAACAAGUGUGGAAUACGUAAAAGAUGCAUCAGCUAAUAUUGUCACGGGCGAAUCAGUCGAGGAAGAAAUACAAGUUUAA